CAAGGCUUGUGUGUGUGUGUGUGUGUGUGUGUGUGUGUGUGUGUGUGUGUGUGUGUGUCUUGGGGGGUUGGUCCUUGUACAUGUUGUGGGCUUCUGACCUUGUGUGGCUCUCUUGAGUUUGGGGUCUUCCAAGAGCCUGAAGUGCAGCCAGGGGAGGAUUUUCCCCCAUGGCCCAGGACUUGUUGGCUGACUCCUUGAUCCUGGAGAUGUGGCCAGGUCUUUGCUUUUUCUUUAGCUCUUUAAGUGAUCCGUACAACUCAUUUUGAUCAUGUUCACCACCCCAAAUUCUUCCCAGAUCCAUUUGCUUUCUCUACCCACCCAUCCUUGCAGACUUUUUUCUUUCUUGUUUUUUUUUUUUUUUUUUUUUUUGGUUUUUCGAGACAGGGUUUCUCUGUGUAGCUUUGCGCCUUUCCUGGAACUCACUUGGUAGCCCAGGCUGGCCUCGAACUCACAGAGAUCCGCCUGGCUCUGCCUCCCGAGUGCUGGGAUUAAAGGCGUGCGCCACCACCGCCCGGCGGUCUUUCUUGUUUUAAAAUCCAUCAAGACUGAUUUGUGUUGCCCAAAUAGUCUUGAAUAUUUCACUGAAAUGUGAUUGGCUUACCAGGAGCUAUAGAUACUCAUAGAGGAAACUGUCUCUUCCUCUUCCAGCAGCUAAUAAUUGCCAGUAGCUCCAUACUAGGGGUGGGAUUUGGUACCGAACUCCCGUCUCCAUGCUGUGGUUUGCUCUGGCUUGGGCUUGCACAGGUGCUGUGCAUGGCAUUGUAACUGCAGUGAGUUCCUAUGUACAGCCGCCCUGUUGUGGCCAGAAGUCAUUGUUUCCUUAUGGUCCCCCUCCACCUCUGGCUCUCAUGCUUUCUGCUCCCUCUUCCUCAAGGAUUCCUGAGCCUGGGCUGCAGGGUUUGUGAUUCCCAUUAGGGCUGAACAGUCCGCAGUUUCUAAUUCUCUUCACCUUGGCCAGUUGUGGGUCUCUGUGUUAGUCAUUAUCUAUUGCAAAUAGAAGUGUCUCAAAUGAGGGUGGAGAGAGAUGCAUUAAUCUAUGGGUAAGCCAGUAAGUCAUCAGGAGUUGGCUUAAUAGUAUGUCCAUUUAGCAAAAUCAUAGCAGUAGGGAAUCCUCUAGGAACUAUUGCAUGUCUAGAUAGGUUUUUGUCCUGGUAACCGGUAUAGUUUUCAUCUUUUGGAGUGACACUUAAAUCCAAGCACAAUGUGGUUGGUUACUCCCACGAUGGCUUUGCCACUAUCGCACCAGUGGACGUAUCUGCGUAUCUUGCCAGGACAGUCAUUAUUGUAGUUUGCAGGGCUCGUAGUUAGGUCCGAUUGAGGAUUACUUUUUCACUCUGGUAGCAUGCAUAGCAUCUUUUGGCAGCUGAAAACUAGAAGAGAGGUGAAGCUUCCAGGUCAGUACCAGCUUGGUUUCUUCAUGUUCUAUGACUCAAAUAUGUGGUGUCUUCAGUAGUAGGGUCUUCUCAUCAAGGUUUGGAGGGUCACCAAGAGCAGUGACAAUACCUGUAAUGUUUGGGGGGUGUCUUUGGGGCUAACAACUCCAAAAGACUUUUAAUUUAUUCAUCUGUGGUAGCUAGUGAUAUUGUUAUAGGAAACUCCAUUUUUUUUGACACACACUAUAUAUUUCUAUUUAUCAUCUCUCUGUCUGUCUGUCUAUCUACCUAUCUAUCUAGAGAGAUACUAAGGCAUCUAUGGUAGUAGGUUUUCCACAUGCGUUUUUCAAAAGACCUUUAGUGUUAUUUAUCCUUCUCUUCCAGGAUUUAUUAUUUUUAACUUUACAAUAUGAAGACAUUGCAAUCAUUUCCAGAAGUAUAACAGCUCUAAAGUCCGUGGAUUCAGAACCUAGAUUUAUCACUUGUAAAUGAACUGUCCUGCUCCCAGUCCUCACCUCAAAGUAUGGAUUUCUUUGGAAUUGGCUCUUUUCUGGAGCCCUGUGCCACAGCCUGUCUGUGAGUCUAGCUACUACUGCACUCCCCAUUCAAGUCCGGGUUCUGGUUUGUCUCUUCAGAGUCACUUUGAACAAGGAUGUUGUAGAACGCUCUCCCCUGAGCACAACACUCACCAUCUUCAUCAGAACAGUUCAGACUGCUUGUAACAGAGCUUGUUUGACUCAGUUUAUGGGGCUAUGUCUCUAAGUUUGCUUCCCCCAUCCCCAAACACUACGUUGUCCUGGUUACUGCUUUGUGAGUUGUGACCUCUGGCGGGGUUUGGUGUGUUCCUCAGUGUCAUAUUAACUUUCCUGUCUUUUUGUAUGAAUUUUAGACUUUUUAGAAUUUUGAUGGAGAUGUCUUUGUAUCUAUAGCCAAGGUUGGGGAGAGCUGACACCUUAAACAUGUUGACUUUUCCUGCUUAUUAUAUGGAAUAUGUCUUCAUUCACUUUGAUCUUUCAUUUCUUUCCACAAAGUCUUGUAGUUUUCCUCAUAGCCAUCAUAAUUAAAAAAUUAUAUUAAUAUUACUUUGUUUGGAUGUUGUUCUAAACGUUGUGCUGUUUUCAUAGCAAAUUCCAGUGGUUUGGUGCUACUGUAUAGGGAAGUGAUAUUUUAUUAUGAACUUUGUGUCUACGGGUUAAAAUAACUUGCUUUAGGAGUUUGUUGUUGAUUUUGUGGGAUUUUUCUCCACAAUCAUGCCAUCUGUAGAAUAAGUCAGAGUUCUUUUUUCACUGACUACUUAGAAUAAUUCUCUGUAAGGUUCACAUGUUACUUUUGGUUGACAUGUCUUUUAAGUACUUUUUUUUAUUCCACGAAGAGCUUCCCCCCCACUAUUUUAAUACUUUUAUUUGUCGAGGGCAUCUUAUUUAACAGUAACUAUAAAUAUCAAUUCAUCAUUCAGAGCUUCUGGUUCUGUCAUUUUCGUCCAUAUCCCCAAAUGUCAUGAUCACACCUAAAUGAUAUUUACAGUUUUCUAACAUUAUCUCAUGCCCUGUUUAUAUUUAACUCUCCCUUGUUGUCUCCUUUCUUACUCAAGUGUGGAGGCCAGGACCCAAUCCAGGUCACAUACCUCAUGCAAGGAAUGAUUUUUUUCUGUCUGUGAUUGGGAGAAGAUUGCCCUCGACUUCUUCCAUUACUCAGCCAGAGAUGGGGUUUGAUCUCGUGACUGGCUCAGAUCUGGGGGCUCAGAUCAGUUAAGAAUGGGCUGCAGAGAUGCUCUCUGUCAGCCUGCCCACCUCACCUCUACCCUGUCUCCACCUCCUACUGAAUCAGGAGACUGGGAUAGGAAGGGCCUUCUUCCUAAGUGCCUUACACCUUUUUUCUUGUUUCUCAGAUUGGACUCUGCAAGUAGACCCUUCUCUAGGGAGAGAGUUCUGGAGAGUGGGAGAUGGCCCCAGGGCUCCUGACAACCAGAAACAAGAUGUCUAACUCUCAGCUACCUCUCCAGCACCAUGUCUGCCUGCAUGCCACUAUGUUUCCCUUCAUGAUGAUAAUGGACUAACCUCUGAAACUGCAUUAAUGGCUUUCCAUGACGUGGCUGUGGCCUUCAACCAGGUGGAAUGGGAACUGUUGAGUCCUGCUCAGAGGAUCCUGUACAGGGAAGUGAUGCUGGAGAACUACAGCCACCUGGUCUCUCUGGGAAUUGCAUUUUCCAAACCCAAACUCAUCUCACAGCUGGAACAAGGGGCAGAGCCCUGGAGAGAUGGCAGUGAAUGCCUUCUGGACCUUUGUCUAGCAGAACCCAGGACAGAAUUAGAGUCCUGUCUCUCCUGCCCGAUAUCCUUUGCUAGUCCAGAAGUCCUCAAAGUGUGUGUGCUGAGUGGACACCCCCCUCAGACUUUCCCAAGCCCACAAGCAGGCAGCAACCUCCAGCCAGAAGCUCCAGACUAUUCUAGCAGUAAAGAAGACGAAGAGGGAGACAGCAGCGAUGCUCUGUUGCAGAGAGCAAGUCCUUCGAGGAUCCUGAAGACGCUCUUUAGCCCGUGUCAAGGGCAGGCAGUGUACUGGGUAGACAGCAACAGGAAACGAACAGACCUUGACCUGGCCCCAGGAGGGAUCCCUGAGAAGGCAGGCACAGUGUCGACCGGAUCCGACGAGUCAGAAUCUGGAGCAGUCAUACAUGGAGCAUUUCCAUUAGGGCUUAACGCUGCUGCAAGCCUGUUCAGCUCUCAGAAGCAUCAUGGAUAUCCUGAUUGCGGAAGAGGCUUUUGCCAGAGGUCAGACCUCUUGAAGCUCCAGAGGAUGCAUGGAGGGGAGAAGCCUUACUCAUGUUCUGAGUGUGGGCACCAGUUUACUCAGAAGGCCUCUCUCACCGUCCAUCAGAGGAAACACUCCGGAGAGAAGCCAUAUGUGUGUGGGGAGUGUGGGCGAGGCUUCAUGUAUGUAUCCUCUCUCAACAACCACAAGAAGAUUAUUCACUCCGGAGAGAGACCCCUGGUAUGUCCGGAGUGUGGGCGAUGCUUCCGCCAGAAGGUAGACCUCCUUCUCCACCAGAGGACUCACCUGGACAAGAAGCCCUUCGUGUGUCCGGAGUGCGGGAGAGGCUUCUGCCGGAAGGCCUCGCUGCUGCAGCACCGGUGGAGCUCACACUCGGGCGACAACCCCUUCCUGUGCUCGGUGUGUGGCCGUGGCUUCAGGCUGCUCUCCAGGCUCCUCACUCAUCAGGUCACACACUCGGGGGAGAAGCCCUAUGUUUGUGCUGAGUGCGGCCAACGCUUCGGCCAAAAGGGCACGCUCAUCCGACACCAGAAGACACACACCGGGGAGAAACCCCACGUGUGUCGCCAGUGUGGCUGGAGUUUCACCCAGAAGGUCAACCUCAUUAGGCACCAGAGGAUUCACACAGAGGAAAAACCUUACCUGUGCCCCGAGUGUGGACGAGCCUUUGAGUUCAAGUCCCUCCUCACCAGGCACCAGAAGACACACAUGGGGGAGAAGCCCUACGUGUGCCCCCAGUGCGGCAAGGGUUUCAGCCAGAAGUUCAACCUCAUCGGGCACCAGAGGAUUCAUACAGGCGAGCUACCUUUUCUGUGCCCUGAGUGUGGCCGUGGAUUUGUAAAGCAGGCCACGCUGAUCAGACACCAGAGGACCCACGCACGGUGGGAGAAGCCUUACCAGUGUCCCGAGUGUGGACGAGCCUUUGAGUUCAGGUCCCUCCUCACCAGACACCAGAAGAUACACACAGGGGAGAAGCCCUACGUGUGCCCCCAGUGUGGCAGGGGUUUCAGCCAGAAGUUCAACCUCAUCGGGCACCAGAAGACACACACAGGGGAGAAGCCCUAUGUGUGUUCCCAGUGUGGCCAGAGUUUUAGGCAGAAGUUCAAUCUCAUUAGGCACCAGAGGAUUCACACAGGGGAGAAGCCCUUCUUGUGUGCUGAGUGUGGGCAUGCAUUUGGAAAGAAGGUCUCUCUCAUCAGACAUCAGAGGACCCAUGGGGAGCAGAAGCCUUACCAGUGCCCUGAGUGUGGACGAGCCUUUGAGUUCAGGUCCCUCCUCGCCAGGCACCAGAAGACACACACGGGAGAGAAGCCCUACGUGUGCCCCCAGUGCGGCAAGGCUUUUAGCCAGAAGUUCAACCUCAUCGGGCACCAGAGGAGCCACACGGGGGAGAAGCCUUACCCAUGCCCCCAGUGCGGGCGCGCCUUUGGCUUCAAGUCUCUUCUCACGCGACACCAGAGGACACACUCUAAGUAGGAGCUUCCUGUCAACUGCACGUGUGUGUAAGGGACUGGAUAUGGGAUGUCACACCUCACCUCUGUCUGGAGGACUCAGUCUAGUCCACAAAAAGCUGUUUGGGCGUGGCCCCGGCUUUAACUCUGUCCUUGUUAUACACACAUCAGCAGACCCGCUCUGGGAAGAAGCCGAUGUGUGCAGGGAUUGCUGGGGUCGGGGUGGGGUAGGGGUCUCACCACCACAGACCUGGGAGGAAUAAGUGUGGCCAUCAGCUCCUAGCACAGAGGUGUUUGUCUGUCCUGUUCCUUCCUUUCUCCAGGAGCAGGAAGCUGGCAGAGGUCACUGGAGAAUGAAUGUCCCAUUUUCCUGAAAUGGAAUAGGGGGAAAGUCCUCACUUGUUGAUGGAAUCGUUGGUGUAUGGUUGACUUUCUUCAGUUAGCAGUGUGUGUUGGUUUUCUAGGGCUCCCUAACAAAAUACCCCAGGCUUAGGCAAAAGAAAUUUACUUUGCCAGGUAUGUGGAACCCGGGAGUCCUCUCCCAGACCGGCUCAGGUGUGGCUCCUGCCUCACCUCUCUAUUGACUGGUGGAUGGCUUCCUGUUAUGCUGUGCUUCCACAGGCCGGGUCUCCUUUGCACAGGCUUUCCUGGUGCCUGUUCCUCCCAGACAGGGCCACACCAGAGGACCUUGUUCAACUUUGAUAACUUCUUUAAAUGCCCUGCUCCAAGUUAUAUCACAUCAGAGGUGAGGCAUCAGUGUUUACAUUGUGGGGAAUAUGAUUCAGUCAACAGCUGGCUUUCUCCACAGCACCAGAGUUGUUAUUUGGAGAUACAAAAUACAUUCACGUCAUCCCUAGACCUCAAAUCCUUAACUCAUUCCAGCAUUAACUCUAAAUUGAAAAUCUCUAAUAUAAAUAUCUAAAUCAAGUAUGGGAAGGGCUUUAAGUCCAGUUCACCUGUAAGCCAUAUUUCUAUUUGUAAUCCUAUGAAAUCCAACAUGAAAUUUGCUUCCAAAUUCCAAUGGCCAGACAGGUUUAGAUAUUCUUAUUCCAAAAGGAAAACACUGGAAAGACCUGAGGAAUGAUGGGUCCCAGUGUCAGGUACAAAUUUAGCAAGGUAAAUUCUGUGGGACCUUAAGUCUCAAGAAUAAUAUUUGACACAGUGUUCUGUCCCCUGGCUCACAGGGGUGACGGGUAAUGGUGUGUGAGCCGUGGACACUGAGGAGACACAUUUGACCUCACUCCACAUUAGUAGUAAUCCUGAUUUAUGAGUUUAUUUGGAACCACAUUUCCCCCUUUUUCUUCUCUCUCUCUCUCUCUGUCUCUCUCUCUCUCUCUCUCUGUCUCUCUCUCUUUCUCUCUCUCUCUCUUUCCCUCCCUCCCUCCCUCCCGCUUCCUUCCUUCCUUUCUUUUUUCUUCCUUUCUUCCUUCCUUCCUUCUUUUCUUCCUUCCUUCCUUUCUUCUUUUCUUUCUUCCUUUCUCUCUCUCUCUCUCUCUCUCUCUCUCUCUCUCUCUCUCUCUCUCUCUCUUUCUUUUCUUCACCAGGCUGGCCUUAAACUCACAGAGAUCCAUCUGCCUCUGCCUCCCCCAAGGGUGUGAGCUACCACACCAAGCUCUUUUUUAUCCUUUUUAAUUUUUUUUUAAAUUUUUUGGUUUUUUGAGACAGGGUUUCUCUGUGUAGCCCUGCCUGUCCUGGAACUCAUUCUGUAGACCAGGCUGGCCUCGAACUCACAGAGAUCCGCCUGCCUCUGCCUCCAAGUGCUGGGGUUAAAGGCGUGUGCCACCACCGCCCUACACUCCCCCUGUUUCUUGAGGAUGAACACAUGCUCGUGGCUUGGAGCCCCACUAAUAUUUUCUUUAGAAUCUCAGAAGCCCUAUAGGCUGUCUUGGUUUUGCCCCAGUCUCUUUCCUUGUCCAUCCAGGCUAGAGAGUGCUGGGUGAGAUGGCUGACAGACUCUGUGGUUUACACUCACACUAAUCUUUUAGAAAUGGUUUCUAGCCACCUACUGUUCCCUCCAAAACACACUUUCAUGGCUUUAAAAAAAAACUAUAUGAAUAAGGGGAGAAUUUUCCAAAUUUUAAAGUUCUAAUCUUUUUUUUUUUUUGCUCAACAAUCCCCUCAAUUUAUCUCUGUCCUCAUGCAGUAAGGGCAAAUAAGGCCAUAGUUUGGUCAUCCAUGUAGAAAUCUCAUGUGAGUAUUUUGUACUUACAUUGCUUAAAAUACCUCCAUUUGGGGCCAACAAGAUGGCUCAGCAGGUACAGGCACUUGCCACAGAAGCCUGAGGAUCUGAGUUUGAUUCCUGGAAUCCACAUAGAAGUAGAGAACCAACUCCACAAAUUUAUCCUCUGACCUCCACAUAUGUGCUGUGGCAGUGCGCACCCUUAAUCAUAACGACAAUAAAUCCUCCAUUCUGCGAAACACUAGGAUUCAGUUCAGCCAAGUUCCUUGUCACUAUAUAGCAAGGAUACCAGUUUUAAUACCAAAAUUUAAUUAAUUUAAUUAGGUAUGCCUGAUUCCUGAGACCUCAUCAGGAUCACCUUACACCUGCAUCUCAAACAGGUCUAGCUGCCACAUGUUGUACAAUUCCGAGCUACUAAGACAUUUUUAGGUUAUGACAAUAGCCCACUCUUGGUUCUAAACUCUGUAUUUGCUAGGGUUCCCAUAGUACUUCCCUGGUUCUUUCUCUUCCUUUUCCCCAUUCUCCCCCCAAAUCCCAAACCUUCCUACCUUCAUUCUUCUUUUGAAACAGGGUCUCAUGUAGCCCAGGAAGGCCCUGAACUCACUAUGUAGCCAAGCCUGGCCUUGAACCUGAUGCUUUUACCUGCACUCCCCAGUGCUGGGUUGCAAGUAUGUGCCACUGUGCCCAGCCUUUCCAGUCUUAUAAGGACACUUCAUAUUGGAUUAGGACCACACCUUAUAAAUUUUUGGGCCUCUUUAAAUGUUCGGUCUCCAAAUACAGUCACAUCAUCAGAACUUUAAUACACGAAUUGGGCUUGGAGAGCAAAAACAAUUCAACACAACACGAUUCCCUCUACAUCUGUAAAAGUUGACCAGCCAUCAACUCCUGCCAUAAGGGGUCUUCCUGACCACUCCUCUCCCUUCUCCACAGCGGUGAAGAGGGCGGAGAACACUAGUAAAUGCUCCGCUCUUCUCACGAGGAGGGAGGACAGUUGCAUUUUCUCACCACUCAUGAGAUAGCUGACUGCUUGUUACACCGCAGUCCUCUCUACUUCACAACCUUUUCUUUAAAUAAACUGGUUCUCUACAAAGCUGCA